AUGUCCAAUCCCGCCGGACGUGUUCGCCGCCGCCCUCCAUCCAAUCCGGCACCGCCACGUGUCACCCUCGCCUCCUCUCUCUCCUCCCUGCCACCAGGCCCGCCGGGGCCUGAGGCCGGCCCGCACCCGGGCCGCCUCACCCGCGCGCCGCCGCCUCCCUCGCCGGCGCGCCCCUCACCAACCGUCGUCGCGUCCGCUCCCCGCUGCCUCGCGUCAACCGCCGUCGCCGCGCCGAGCUCCACCGGAUCACGUCGGAUCCGAGCUCCGACCCCCGGCCCCAUCCUCCUCACCAGAUCCGGCGUCCCCGACCCGCCGGCGAUCUCCUCGCCAACUCCGGCCUCCUCCACGCCCAACUCCAACGAGAUCCAGUCGUGCAUCGGGAAGCGCCCAUAUUAUUAUGAGGACUUGGAGGAUAUGAUGUUUGACAGAAUAUAUAAAUCCCUCAAUUCUAACUUUGCGGAUGGUAGCAUUAGGGAGGUUGCUGAACAAUUUUUUAUAAUGCAUGAAGAAUGCCUGGAAAACAACUUUUCAUCGAUUGAGAAAUUAAGGAAUACACGUCCUCAAGGAAAUCUUGUUUCCCAAAGUAGACAGAUGGUAACCGAGGAGGAUGAUGAUAGCUCGGACGAUGGUGAUGAGCCAUCAAUGGGGGAAGAUAAAGCAGCUAGAUCAGAUGAUAUGGCAGUAGAUCAGCCAAAACCUUACAAGCCUACCCCUGGUGCUGAUGGGUGGACUGUUGUGCCUCCUAGGCGUGGCCAAGGCAAGAAUUAA